AUGAGCCCAACUCCAUCUCGAAACUCAACUCCCCUUAAUUUGCCGUGUGCUCUUAAUGAGCUCGACUGCAAUGAACUUAUGGUUGUUCUAGAGAAGAAAGACCGAGAUCUCGAACUCGCUGCAAAAAUCGGUCAGUCGUUGUUGGAGCAAAACAAAGAUCUUCAAACAAAAAAUGAAUUUCUCGAAGAAAGUGUCAAUAAGAACUUGGACACCAUAGUUCAGUUAAAACAUGAACUAAAUCAACGAAUCGAGUUGCUCAGAGUCUAUUCACAUCUAGACGAUGAAGGAGUUCCCAGAUCAAAUAGCGACGAGACACUUCGAGAACGUCUUAAAUCCACAAAAUCGGAAAAUGAGAGACUGCGUCAAGAAUGUGAUCUACUUCGUCAGGAAACGGCCAUGUUUGUUGCUCAAAAGAGUAAUACUUUUCAAUUAGAGAAACAAUUAGAUUAUGCAAAUGAUAAAGUGAUGGGAUUGCAAAAAAUGAUUGAGCAGAAAACAUCAGAACUCAGUCAACAAUAUGAGAAAACUGGAAGAUUGAUGAGUGAAUUGGCUGAUAAGGAUAAAAAAGAAAAGAUGAUCUCAAUGGAAAAAGACGAAAUGGGUGCAAUUCUAAUUGAAAUGAUUCAAAGACAUGACACAAUGCAAUCAGAACUGAAAGAUAUUCAAGAUCAAUAUGCGGAACUGAUGGCUAAUUUUGCGGAGACUGAAUCAGAAUUAACCAAAUUAAGGAGCACUGGAAACUUGAGAAUGUCAUAUGACUCUCUCUAUGAUUCUCUUGCUUCUGAAAUGGAAAGUUCUGAGUUUUCACCAGCGGGGCGUUCAACUCAAUUAACAGUAUUGACUGGAAGAGAUAGUUAUGCAAAUGAUAGCGGAAUUGAUGCAGGUCCAAUGAGUUUAGCUGCUGAAAUUGAGCAAUCCGAGAAGCUUCCAUUGCCUUCAAUCAAUGAACCAAUUUUCUCCACAUCUGCAAAAUUGGCUGCUCUCUGUGAUGCCAGCACAUCAUGCACUGACAUCUUCAGUGAAUCAUCAUUACCUAAUGACGAAAUUGCAACAACUCCUUCUGUCUCUGGAAUCAACAAUAUCGAUUCAGAGACAAAAACCUCCAGCUUCCCCAGCGAAGAAGCCGUGUCCACACCAAUUGUGGCGCGUAAAUAUAUUCCGUGUACUAGUCCGAGCAAGAGCAAUUUGAGCAAGUUGCAACGAUUGCAUAUUGGUAAUCGUCCACUUGCUCACAGCGUUGACAUUCCUUCGACCGCCGUCGAAGAUACGUCAUCAUACGCUGAACCAAAGCUCGGACAACCGGGAAUGCCUGGAACUCGUGAUCUGGAUAUCUCCUUGAAAGUAAUCAAGGCUAGGGAAGAGGUGCAGAAGGAGUUUGCGGCAUUUUGUCAGCGGAAAGGUAUCGAUCAGCAACAGUUUUUUGGUAGUCAGAGUCGUCGUCAAUCACAUGACACAAGUUGGACGGAUUUCAGCGUCGCUUACGGGGUCAGAAUGAUACAGAACAUGAAAUCAAAACCAGGUGAUCAGCCAUUGGCCCUCGGUCUUCGGCAGGGAGUGUUGACUCGGGCAGAGCUUUUGACCUCGCCAUCAACAUCUCCACAACAUCGCAGUAUUUCUCUAUCAUUAUCACCUGGAACAUCAGAUGGUGGCCUUAUGAAAAUUGGUGCAAUUCACGGUGUUUUAUCAAGAAGAUAA